UGGUAACUUCUGGUGAGGGUGGAAGUGUUUGAGAAUUAACUUCCUCACUGAGUGACACACGUGUGUGUUUGUAAUCAGGACUGUACUGAAGUUGAUAGUUUCACCAGUCGAAUGGGUAACCAGGUAUUUCACGGUCGUGGCUCCUUGCAGACCUCAGCUGAGGUGUCGACAGCAGCUCAACUUGAUGUCAUCCGCCGAUUUAAACUUUGCAGCCACUGGUACGACGUGCAUUUAAAAAAAAAAAAAACAAUAAAAAAAACCACGAGGAUUCUUCCACAGUAGCCAGUGAGUGCUGCUCGUUGUAGGGGCUCCUACAUCAACUCUGCAGUUUAUCCUCCAGUAGCAGCAAGUGUGCAGCAGCCUGCAUGCAUGCUGCAGUCCGCUGCACCGCCUCCGAGUCUCUGUCGCUCUGCAACUCCUGCAAGCCUCCAUCUGAGAGUGUGUGAGUGGCAGAUUGUGCGUUUUCACACAUGCAUGUUUAUGUGUCACCAUGAAGCACCAGUCGAUCUCCCGAUGGCUGAGUCAGCUGGGACUACCGCAGUACUGCCCGGCGCUGGAGCAGGAGUAUGACGGUGUGGAGGACCUGCUGCACCUCUCAGAGUACGACCUGCUGGAGCUCGGAGUCCACAACCAUCUCCACCGCCUGCACCUCCUCACGUCCCUACGCCUCCUCCAGGAGCGAGAGAGGAGGAGAGAGCUGAGGAUGAUGGCAGAGGGGCGUUUUGCCAGUCUGCCCCGCUCCCUGCACGCUCACCACGCCCACCCCUCCACCCCCUCCUCAUCGCUCGGGGUCCCCAGCUCCUCCAGGGGCCUCCAGGCCUCCCUCGCCUCCUCCAUGGACCUCCUCAGCUCCAGACCUGGCCAGUCCUCGGUGCUGGGCGGUGGUCUGUCUGAUCGGCCCUCUGCAGCCUAUCAGCCCGUCUCCAUCCACGGGACUCUGCCUCGCCGCAAGAGAGGCGGGGCCAGCCUCCCCCAGGGGACCUACACCUGGGACCCCAGAGCCAAUCACAUGCAGCCAGCUCCUGGACACGCCCACCAGCCCCUGACCUCCCCGCUGGUCCAGAACAUCAUCGACGACUUCCACGGUUACAGGGAGCCUGCAGCCGGGCCGGACGCCACCGUGGACUACGUCAAGUUCUCCAGAGAUCAGUUCAUCGUGGACUGCCCGUCAGAGAAGCUCCGCAGAGAGCUCGAGGAGGAGCUGAAGAUGAGCUGCGAGGAGCCGAGAAGCCACGCGUGGUACCACGGAGCCAUACCCAGACAGGUCUCAGAGAACUUGGUGCAGCGUGACGGAGACUUCCUGAUCCGUGAUUCUCUGUCCAGUCCGGGGAGUUACGUUCUGACCUGUCAGUGGAGGAACGCUGCACAGCACUUUAAAAUCAACAAAAAGGUUGUGAUGUUGAACGAAGCGUACACCAGGAUCGAGUACCGGCUGGAGAGAGAAGGCUUCGACAGCGUCCCCGCACUCAUCAGAUACUACGUCGGCAACAGGAAGGCCGUCUCUCAGGUGGUGGGAGCGAUCAUCUUCCAGCCGAUCAACAGAGGGCUGCCGCUGCGCUGCCUGGAGGAGAAGUACGGCCUGUCGGGUCAGCACCGGGAGGCGCUCAUGGCUCAGGAGAGGAGGACCAAGAAGCGCCUCAGCCUCAACAUCACCAACGGCCACGCCGCACACGACGGCUCGCACGCCGCGCACGACGCCUCGCACGGCCACGACAACGGCAUGAGCCGCAGCAGCCAGCUCAGGUCGAAGGAUCGAUGUGGCAGCCAACCAGCGAGUCUCAACCAGGUCCAGGAGAGGAGACGCCCACUGAAAGCCCACCAAUCAGAGAGCUACCUGCCUCUAGGGUCGAAGCCUCCGCCCCAGCAGCAACACGACUCUCUCCUGCAGACUCCAAACCCAAAGUCUCCGGUGUUUCGGACGGGCAGCGAGCCGGUGCUGAGCCCCUCGGUGCCCCGCAGGUCUGCAGAGCUGCUGGCAGGUCAGGCGAUCCGCGGCUCCGACAGCCAGCUGUGUCCCAAGCCUCCCCCCAAACCGAGCAAGGUGCCCCUGGCCCGGCUGCCCCGCUCCCCCGCCCUGCAGCCGCUGGCCCUCCCCUCCAGCUCCUCCAGCCUCACCGACUCCUCCUCCACCUCCCCACGGCUCGCUGCUCCUCCUCCGCUGGACUCUGUCUGUGUGGAGAGCGCCGGCCACACGUGGAGGAGCGGAGGCCCUCCUGUUCCUCCAGUCAAACCCCUGAAGUUCCUCCAUCAGCUGCUGCCUGCAGACUCUUACAGCUCCUCCGGUUCUGACCCGGUUCAGAGUUCAGACUCCGAGGAGAGACUGGGCUGGACCGACAGGCUGCAGCCGAGCCCUGCAGACCUCAGGUCCUGCAGCCCGCUGGAGUGGCACGAAUCAAACCCCCACGACCCCGUCACACAGCUCCAUCCUCCGAUCUGCAGCUACGUGGAGCGGCUGGGAGGCCGAGAGGAGGAGGAGGAGGAGGUGGAGGAGAAGGAGGCGGGAGGGAGGAGAGGACUGGACCGGAGCUCCUACCAUCACGCCAUCGCCGCUCUAGAGAACACCAGCGAGGAGGAGGAGGAGGACGAGCAGAGGGACCGGAGGAGGAGGAGCAGCUUCCUGCGGCCGGUCGAGGAGACGGAGUCGACGUUCCGACCCGCCGAGUUCGGAUCUCGACUUCUUCCUCCGGAGAACAAACCGCUGGAGAUGUCGGUGCUGAAGAGAGCGAAGGAGCUGCUGCUGGGACACGACCACCACAGCAUCGCCAGACACCUGCUGCUGGCCGACUGCCAGGUUGCGAGGAUAGUCGGCGUGAGCCCAGAGGUUAAAGGUCAGAUGGGCGUGUCCUCGGGGCUCGAGCUGGUCACACUGCCACACGGCCGACAGCUGAGACUGGACCUGAUGGAGAGGCACCACACCAUGGCGAUAGGUGUUGCCGUGGAUAUUCUGGGAUGUACGGGCAGCGUGGACGAGCGGGCCUCCACCUUAAACCGCAUCAUCCUGGUGGCGCUGGAGCUGAAGGACACGGUGGGAGACCUGUUCGCUUUCACCGCCCUGAUGAAGGCUCUGGACCUGCCACAGAUCAGCCGUUUGGAGGAAACCUGGACGGCGUUACGAAGGAGCUACACACAGACCGCCAUCAGCUACGAGAAAACACUCAAACCUUUCUACAAGAGUCUCUACGAGGGCACAGCGUGCUCCCCUCCGGUGGUCUGCGUGCCCCUCCUGCUGCCCCUCCUCACUCUGAUGGAGCGUCCGUCAAUCACACCUGAGGGGGCGGAGCUCUGGGAGACCAGCGACCACGGCUGUGACAUCAUGCUGCGCCACCUGGAGUCUGCACGCGACGUUGCACGUGACGCACACAGCUUCACCUCCAACGCACAGACGCUCCUGCACGGUUUCUCAUGUGAUGAAGACCUGCUGGAGGUGUUUAAAACAGACUUUCAGCUGCGGCUGCUGUGGGGGAGCCGCGGCGCUUCAGUCAACCAAUCGGAUCGCUACAACAAGUUCAACCUCAUCCUCACGGCUCUGUCACGGAAACUGGAGCCCCCGGCCAAAACACAGACUUUAAUCUGACUCACCUUCGGGACUUCAGGUCGACAUGUCACACACAAACUCUACUGCUGCAGCUGACAAACACCACUCUGGUUACAAACUUUUUAAUCAUUGAAUAUUCCACAAAAGUCUGUAAUUUCUGUUCUCCCCAGUUCAAACAGUGUAAACAUCUCAGAAUGUAUAAAAGAAGUGGAUGAAGCCUCAAGGUUUGAAGAGUGCCUUAAACCUGCAUUCUUUCUCAUGGCCAGCAGGGGGCGACUUCUCUGGUUGCUGGCAAGGAGGGUAUAAGGAGGAAAAGACUCGGGGUCAUUUACUAGGGUUGCAGCACAUGCACAGUAAAAUCUAGCCUGCAGAAUCAUAAAACUCCUCAGUUCUUUCAGGCUGAGCAGAAAAAAAAUUAUUAUUUCUGGCGCCAUCUUCUGUAACACUCCAACAUUGCAGCUCCAGUCCAAAAAUAUGACCCGGUGUCUUGUCCUCCUCCUACAUUCCUUGGCUGCUGACAACUGGUGUACCUAAUAAAGUGGCCCCUCAAUGUAUAUUCAAUUGAAGACUGUUAAAAAAUAAACUUGUUUUUUUGUAAAUAUUUAGUCUGAAUUAGAAUUAUUCUCUUUCUAGUUACAUUUUUUACAACGUCCCAACUUUUUACCUGGCUAUUAAUCGUUUAAAACUGUUAAAUAUUAACAUCCCUGAAAAUGACUCUAUGCACUCAAUUGUUAGUUACAAAACUACUUUAACACAGCAUGAUGAUAAUUUAGUAAAUGAUGGUUCAUUUAGAGUCAAAUAAAGGCAACUACAUCCACUUCUUUCAUACAGUCUGUGAGAAAACCUGCAACUUUAGCCUUUUGAGAUUUUCUGCAAAAUUUUAUGUAUUAAAAUACAACAACAGACUCAAAACUGAGACUUCACACAUGCAGAUUAGAAUAUUAAUGACAGGAUUUGUAUAAUAAUGUUUUACUUACUUAUUUCCAUUUCUGAGAUGAAUAGAUGCAGCAUCCACACGUCUGUGUUACUCCAGAAAAUAGCGAAAAUUGCAGCUUAGUCACAUCUACAAUUAAAAAGAAAAAUCUGUUUUUUUAAAGGGAGUGAGUGAUAUUUGAGAGGCUUAAAGGGACCAUUGGAUCACAAAUGUGUCCUGAAUGGCACUUGUUUUUAUUUUUACUCUGACAUUCCAGUUAAUGGAGAACGUGUUUCUGUUGCUAGGUAGAAAAAGCUCCACAUCAGGAGUUAAUGAGCUAAAGGAAGUCUGUGUGUAAUAAUACAUGUAUUUAAGAGUCACAGUGAGGUUUCUGGAGAUUUAUCAGAGAAAAAAACGGUUAAAAUAUAUAAAUUAUUUUAAUAUUAAUAGUUAGAUUUUCCCCAGAAAACAUCAGAAGACAAAAAUCUACAGUGAAUCUUUUUCAGGAGCAGAAAGUUUCCAGUUAAAUGUAAAUGUGUAAAUGUAGCUACAGUUGUUUUUUCCAGAUGAAAAUAUUUUUGUUUCUGAAUAAAAUGAUCUAAAAAGUGACACGUUAACAUGUGAGAGACUAAAGUUGUAUAUAUUUGAAAUAUUAGCAUGUUAAUAAUAGACUGUACAUAUUUUCUGUAGAAGACUGACUGUAAAAAAAAAUGUUGAUUUUAAUAUGUUUAUAUUAUUAUGAACUACUGUGGUCUGAUUUAAUAAAUGUGAUGUACGAUCUGCUGAA